AAACCCUCAUCUCUCCGUGAUGCACUGUGCGAUCCGGAUUAAUGAAACUGUAGAAGGCGUAGAUCGAUUCUUCCUCAAGUUGCUACUAGUGGAAGUUGGUAAUAAUAAGCUACUGGUAUGGUCAUGGGUGCAGAAGAUGAAGUGGUGGCUAGGAAGUCUAAGAAAAGGAAAGAGAGAAACAAUGAUAAGUUAGCUGCCAAUCCUGUUCAUAUUGUGAAGGAUGUGGGAGUUGAGGGAGAUAAAAGUGUUGAGGAAGAAAAUUUGAUGAGAAAGAAGAGUGAUAAUGAAGGUGUUGAAAGGACGAAGAAAAAGAAGAAAAGUGCAGGAGAUAGUAAAGGGGGAGCACUUAUGGAGGAUACUAAUGGGAUUACUGUUGAGAAAGCGAAAAAGAGGAAAAGGAAAAGAGAGGUUGAAAGCGAUAACAAUGAGUUACAUGCUGUGUCCCAAGAUACUGCAAAUGAUGUUUCUGUAGACGAUGGAGGUUAUGUAAAUUCAACUGCAACUGAGAUAUGUAAAAGCAAAAAGAAACACGAAAAGAAGGCAGGAAAAAUCUCUGAUGGUUGCACUGAGGGUAAAGUGGAGAAGGUUAAAAGGAAGAAGAAAAAGAACAAGAAGAAAAAGGGGGAGGAUGACCAAGAUUUUAGUGUAAAUGAAACACAGGCUAGUGGGGUGGGAAAUGAUAGUAUUAGCCAGAACGAGGUCAAAGGUAGUUCUAAAGAUCCAAAACUGAAAAAUAGCAAGAAGAAAGUGAGAUUUUCCAAUGAGUUGGAGGUAUUUCCCGAGUCUAAUGUUCCUGAGAGUGAGAAUGAUCAAAAUGAAGAAGUGGAGUUGAUUCGAGGUAAGCGGUUCUCUAAAAUAGAAGAUGAGAAAAUUAAAGAAGCCGUUUAUAAGUACAUAGCGGUACGUAAUUUGGGUGAGGAAGGUUUGGAGAUGGUUUUAAAUAGUAGAUCUCACCCUGAAGUAAGAAACUGUUGGAAGGAAAUAGGAGCUGCCCUACCAAAUAGGCCUUACGUUGCAGUCUAUUAUCGUGCUCAAAUACUAUUCCGAAGAUCUGAAACCCGUCAAUGGACUGAAGAAGAAAAAGCUUUGGUACUGCGGCACCAUAAAUUACACGGGAAUGACUGGAAAUCACUUGCUGAAGAACUUGGCAGACACAGGUUUCACGUGAAGGAUACAUGGCGCAGAAUAAAAUUACCUAACGUAAAGAGAGGACACUGGUCUCAGGAUGAGUACCAGAGCUUAUUUGAUUUAGUCAACACUGAUCUGCAAGUGAGGAUCUUUGAAGACAAGAAAUCCAAGCAUGGCAUGCUAAGGGAUAACAUCUGUUGGACAGCAAUUAGUGAUAAAUUGUCCACACGUAAUGGUCCAAAUUGUUGUCUGAAGUGGUACAAUAAGUUAACAUCACCUAUGGUAGCUGAAGGUAUAUGGUCCGACUCUGAUGAUUAUCGCCUAAUUGGUGCACUUUAUAACUUGGAUGAAACCUGCAUAGAAAAUGUGGACUGGGAUAAUCUUGUGGAACAUAGGUCCGGAGAAAUAUGUCUGAAGCGCUGGAGGCAAAUGGUUCUUCACAUAGGGAACCAUGGGAACAAACCCUUUUCGGAACAAGUUGAAGUCCUAGCCAAAAGAUACUGUCCCUCCUUAAUUGAAGUAAGGGAGACCUGGGAUAGCAAGCCUCUUGUACCAUGAUGAUGUGAAAUGCAUGCAAAGUUAUUUACCAUGAAAAGUCUGGGAAAAAUUGAACCAUUUGUGGCUGAUAUCAAAUUUUCAUAUUCAACUCUGGGAUUUAAGCAAUUUUGAAGUGACACAUAACUGUAGUUUCUUAUUGUCAUGUUGACUAUGUAAGAUCAAAGUGGCUUUUGUUUAAAGUUGUAAUCUCUGAAAUCUGAAUUAUGUUUUUUUUUUUUU